AAUGAAGCUAGGUUUGCCCAACUAAACAGCCAAACUCUACAUUUUAGAAAUUCAAAUAACACCUCUAUUCUUUUCUGUAACAGCUUAAUCAAAAAUGGCGGCUUCUUCUAGAAGGUCUAGUGGUCCGGUUCUCCGAUCUCAUUCCCCAUCUUCCCGGUUUACUUCUUUCUACGCUUCACAGUCACACUCUCCAUCUUCUUCUUCCUCCUCCGCUUUCGCCUAUUCCAGUUCAGGUUUCUCUUCACGUUCAACUUUCUUCAAUCAACCCAGAUCUACUUCUCCACCACGUGUUAACCUGCACAGAAACUCUUCAUCAGCGUCAUCUGUGCGGUUCUCGCUCGACAACCGUCCGAUCUCACCGAACCGUUCAAUCACCACCGUCCGGAGAACCACUGAGGCGUUGAAGAAUUUACAGAGCAAACAGACGAAGCGGACUUGCAUGUGUUCACCUACAACGCAUCCGGGAUCGUUCCGUUGCAGUCUUCAUAAGAGCUUCAAUACUUCGCACCCCGGGACAGGUUACGCGCCGAGUAAUCGGCUUAACGCGCGUAGAUCUGCGAUGACGAACUCGCUCGUGAGAAUCGGUGGUGUCGAAGGAGAUCUGGUUAGGAGAGCUUUGUCGGCUUUGAUUAGACCUUCCUCUCACCAGCAGCGUCGCCGUGAAGCUUUCCAUCCUAGGCCUAGCCGGCUAUCCGUGAUGUCAAAAGCCGAAAACUUAUGAAGGUUUCGUAUGCGGUAUGUGUAAUCUUUUAACGCUUUUAGGUCGUCUCCGAGAUUUUCCGGUGAUCUGAGAUCGAGCUUCGGAGUAACGCCGCGGUCGGUGGCUGUGAAGUCAGAUUCCGGCGACGAUGUUGGAGAUUUUAGACAAAGGAUUCGGACGGAUUUGAGCUAGUAUUGUCCCGGUUCGAGGAAGUAUCGGAAUUGGACAAAAUGGUUGGCGGUAUUUAUUUGUUUAUACUGGUUAAUUUGACGGAAUUUUAGGCCUGGAAGUAGAAGAUAACCCCCUUGAACAUACAGAACAUUGGACCCUUUUAAGAGAAAAAAAACACUAAUUAAUUACAAAUGUUAAGGAUCUUAUUAAUAGCGAAUUAAAUGAGAAGAGAAGAGAAAAAACAUAUAAUUUCAUUGAAAUUGAAACUACAAGGAAAGAAAGGGGCCUGGCUGGGAAUUCAAUUUCGUAAUUAUGUCCUUUUUCAUAUUAUAUUUAAAAUCUCAAGUGGCGCAAUUAUGUGACAGCUAAGUUGUUUAUUUUAAAAAGGGAAAAUAAAUGGCAUUAUCUCAAACCCACUAAAAGCUCCGACCUCCUAAGUCCUAUCUAAUCUGCAACGCCAUAAGACUUCACAACAUUCUCAUUUACCCCCCACCAAAGAUGACUUCAAGGGAGAAAUUACCCUACAAAUAUCAAUUUGUUUUCAAUUAUUGUAAUAUGGAGGAAAAGAAUGACGAGAUUUAUUAUUUAGGCAUUAGAUAAAAACUUCCGUGUUACCAUCUACUAUAGUCAUUUAAUACAUCAACAAAAAAUAUAACAAAUAUAGAUUUUACUUUUAUUCUUCCAA